UGUCCAAAAUUAUUUGUUGUAGGUGGCAGCACCGCAUCACGUGAAUUUUCAUGGCGCUGAAGGGCUAGACCCGAAUUGUCUUGUGAUUUCGCCAAAUUAUUUGCUGUUUCUUGUGAUUAUUAUCAAACAGCAUUAAUAUUUAAGUUAAAGAGCUGAUAAUGUCCGAGUACUGGCUGAUCAGCGCCCCUGGCGAUAAAACCAUUCAACAGACAUGGGACACCCUGAACGAAGCCACCAAGUCGGGCAACCUGAGUGUCAACUAUAAAUUCCCUAUCCCCGACCUUAAGGUCGGGACAUUGGAUCAGUUGGUGGGUCUGUCCGACGACCUUGGCAAGCUUGAUGCCUACGUUGAGAGUGUCACCAGGAAAGUGGCCCAGUACCUCGGUGAGGUUCUGGAGGACCAACGUGACAAACUCCAUGAAAAUCUGACGGCAAAUAACAGCGACCUGCCCACGUACAUCACCCGUUUCCAAUGGGACAUGGCCAAGUAUCCCAUAAAGCAGAGUCUGCGCAACAUCGCCGACAUUAUCAGUAAACAGUUGGGCCAGAUCGACGCCGAUUUGAAAGUGAAGUCCGCAGCCUACAACGCUCUCAAGGGGAACUUGCAAAAUCUAGAGAAGAAACAGACCGGAAGUCUCCUGACCCGUAACCUGGCGGACCUGGUGAAGAAGGAACACUUCAUUCUGGACAGCGAAUACCUCACCACUCUGCUCGUCAUCGUGCCCAAGUCGUCAUUCAACGAUUGGAACGCCAACUACGAAAAGAUAACGGACAUGAUCGUGCCGCGCUCCACGCAGCUCAUACACCAGGACGCCGACUACGGAUUAUUCAGCGUUUCUCUCUUCAAGAAGGUAGUUGACGAGUUCAAGCUGCACGCGCGCGAGCGCAAGUUCAUCGUCCGGGAGUUCUCGUACAACGAGGCCGACCUCACCGCGGGCAAGAACGAGAUCACAAAACUCGUGACCGACAAGAAGAAGCAGUUUGGUCCGCUGGUGCGAUGGUUGAAGGUGAACUUCUCUGAAUGUUUCUGCGCUUGGAUACACGUCAAGGCUCUGAGGGUCUUCGUCGAGUCCGUGUUGAGAUACGGUCUGCCGGUGAACUUCCUGUCGGUGGUGCUGGCGCCGCCGCGCAAGCCCGCGGCCGCGCGCCGCCUGCGCGACGCGCUGCACGCGCUCUACGCGCAUCUCGACCACUCCACGCAGGCGCAGGCGCAGGGCGCCAACGCUGCCGACAACGCCGAACUGGCAGGUCUCGGGUUCGGAUCGUCGGAGUACUACCCAUAUGUGUUUUACAAGAUCAACAUCGACAUGGUUGAAAAGCCUAACAACUAAAGUUCGCAGCCAUACUAUCAUUUAUUAGAUGUUGUUACCAGCCAACCCCAUGCGUCUCGAAGGCGUUUGGCCGUCAGUAGUCGCUAAUAUUGUACAAUUUAUUUCGUUCACAUAUCUCGAAAACAAAGUUAAUACACUAAGUGUACAUUUGAAAACCCCUUGUAAAAACUAAACGCAAAAAAAUCAUAUUUUUCUAUUAAAAUCUUUUUAAUGAUUUACAUUUUUUUGACAUUUCAAAUCAUUUUUUUUUCGUGUGUUUUUAAUGAUGCAGGUUGUAGGAAGUUGUCCUAUUUAUAUUAUAUAAUGUUAUUUAUUAUUAAGAUUUCACUUAUACAUUGAAACUGAAAUAAUUUGGCGGAAAAGCUUUUGGCUACACCAAGGAGAUUAAAACCGGGUCUAACUAUUUAAAAUUGUUCCUUUACACAUGGAAAUAUUUGAAGUUCCCAAAUAUUUUAUCUUUCUCUAUAAUUGGAAUGUGUGGUUGAAAAAAAAUAAAUUAACCACAGACAAUUUCAAGUUUGGUAUGGAUUGCCCCCAUUUAGGUUUUAAGCUUCUUGUGUUUCAUUUAUUUUUACGAACAACUGACAACAGACAGGGCCGCCUGUCACACGCAACAAGUUCAGUAUUAUUAGUUGCGUUGCAAUUUAGUGUAGAAAUGUACAUUCAUCAGAUGUGCAACUGUAUAAAUGUUCAAUAAAUGAAAAAUAAUAAUAUUGGAGUUAUGCAAAAGCUAUGUAAAUAAGAACAUUCCUCAUAUAACUCGUGUAGUACAUAAAUAAAAAUAUUAUUCAAGUUACUGUU